GCAUCCUUCUCCGUUCUUACCUCCAGCCAGUCGGCGUUGACUCUCCGCAGCAGGAAGAUCACUUCUCCCCUCCUUAGGUUUAACUCUGCCUUGCCAUUACCGCGAAAGUCAAACAUCGCCUGAGACAACAGAGAAGAAAGAACCCAACACAAGUGAGAGAGAGAAGAAAGGAACGAGAGGAGAGAGAGAGAGAGAGAGAACGAGACAGCCGGACUAAACACAAAGAGUGAACGAUGACGGCUGGCAGAAUGGUAAUGACAGAUCUGUUGAAGGCUGAGGAGAUCAAGAAAGCUCUUGAUGCCUUUGCAGCUGCAACCUUUGAACCGAAGAAGUUCUUUGAAAUGGUGGGAAUGAAGGCCAUGUCAGCUGACAAUGUCAAGAAGGUCUUCCAGGUUCUGGAUGUGGAUGGUAGUGGCUUUAUAGAGGAGGAGGAACUCAAGUUUGUACUGAAGGGGUUUUCUAAAGAUGGCAGGGAUCUGACUGAUACGGAGACAAAAGCAUUCCUCCAAGCCGCAGACAAGGACGGUGAUGGCAAGAUCGGCAUUGAUGAAUUUGAGGCCUUGGUGCACGAGUAAGAGCGGGGGUGAACCCCUUGUUCUUCCUCCUCUUCAACCCCACGUUCACAUUUUGCAACUGCCACCUUCAAGCUCUUCCGUUUUCCUUCUGGACCCGAUGAUCGGAGACCGACCGGGCCUGUUCCACACGACACACUACCUAAAACGGGCCAACAGGGACGAGGAGAAUCAUACAGGAAUAAAAGACAUCAGUUUCACUUAUAGUUUUUCCAUUUUUUAUUUAUAUUUACCCACACAUGACGUAUGGAUUUCAGGAUUAUUGCUAAUGACUAAUGAGGAUAGAUCGUGGUCUAAUAAGAGAUGUACUAGAGCUUUGAACGGUGUUUCUGUUUCUCUCAUCUGUUUUAUGGUUUGUACAGUUGUGCAUCAUGUCUUUACCACAUUUAUCUUUGGAUGUUGGCACAUCAGUUCACUUUCGUUCCUCUCUUUUCCUCCUCUCUCUAACACUCAUCUUCUUCUUCUCACCUCUUGACCUUCCUCCUCCUCCUCCUCCUCCUCCUCCUCACUCCCUGCCUCUGAUCAUGUGAUGUAGUAAAAAUAAUUUCUAAGGAGAGCCGUGAAGAGAGAAGACAUGAGUAAGAAACGAUAAUAAAGAAAACUUUUGAACUAU